AUGGCGCUCCAGGCCACCUCCGCUGCGCAGUCUACCCGCGCCACCGCUACUGAUGCACAGGAACGACGUUCAAUUCCAUUCCGGAAUCUAGCUGUCGGGGCUUUUAUGAACUUAUUUCAAGUCACUUCUCUGGGUCAACCCAUGGAAGUUCUCAAGACCCAUCUCGCAGCGAAUAGACACGAUACUCUAAAAGAUGCUUUUUCGAAAACAUGGGCUCGUGGUGGGAUAUCCGCAUAUUACCAGGGACUGAUUCCGUGGGCCUGGCUCGAAGCCUCCACCAAAGGCGCCAUCCUCAUCCUCACCUCCAGCGAGAUCGAAUACCACGCGCGCACAAACCUCAACGCCUCGCCUACCACGUGCGGCAUCCUGGGCGGGAUCGGCGGCGGGAUCGCCCAAUCGUACCUGACGAUGGGAAUGACGACGUGCAUGAAAACCGUUGAAGUGACGCGCUCGAAACUAAGCGGCCAAGCGGCGAAGGUGCCGGGGGCUAUGGAGACGUUCUUUAACAUACUUCGCGAGAAGGGCAUCCGGGGGGUUAAUAAGGGGGUUAAUGCGGUUGCGCUGAGGCAGGUGACCGGGUGGUCGUCGAGGAUUGGGAUCGCGCGGUUUGCGGAGGAGGGGAUUCGUUCUGUUACGGGGAGGAGGGAAGAGAGGUUGAAGGUGGGAGAGAAGAUAUUGGCGUCGACGAUUGGGGGGGCGUUGAGUUGCUGGAAUCAGCCGUUUGAGGUCCUGCGCGUUGAAAUGCAGUCGAUGAAGAAUGAUCCUACGCGUCCGAAAUCUGCAACUAUGAUUUCGACGUUGCAACAUAUUGUUCGGACAUCUGGUGUGAAAGGUCUCUUCCGAGGCGUUGUGCCUCGAAUCGGCGUUGCAGCGUGGGCUACAGUCUGCAUGGUCGGGUUUGGGGAUACCCUGAAAGAGAUGGUUCAGAAGCGAUAA